UAGGUGAAGCAAAGUGACACAGUGCAGGAUUUUACAGUUGGAAUCCUUCCAUGGAGGGAACAGCUGGGAGCAAGGAGUGACAGGUGCACUGGGGAGACUGGGAUCUUCACAACUUUUCUUUCACAUCACAGUCAUAAGGAGGGAGGAACUCAGGACGAUACACAGCUGCAGUCUGAGACGUACACUCAGAUACGGAGAUUAGCACGCCAGAGCUAUGGGGACAGUCAGUGAACUAUGUGUGUCCAGUUUUCAGACCUUCUUGUGCCCUGCUGUGAAGCCACUCGAGGAAGCUCCAGUGCCGGACGACCUCACUCCAGAGGAGCAGCAGGAGCUGGAGAAUAUCCGCCGGCGUAAACAAGAACUGCUGGAGGACAUUCAGCGGCUGAAGAAUGAGAUAGCAGAAGUUACUAGUGAAAUUGAGAACCUGGGUUCCACUGAGGAGAGGAAAAAUAUGCAGAGGAAUAAACAGGUGGCUAUGGGCCGUAAGAAGUUUAACAUGGACCCCAAAAAGGGGAUCCAGUUUCUGAUUGAGAAUGACUUACUGAAGAAUACCAGCGACGACAUUGCUCAAUUCCUCUACAAAGGCGAGGGCCUCAACAAAACAGCCAUCGGAGAUUAUCUUGGAGAGAGAGAUGAUUUCAAUAUCAAAGUACUCCAAGCCUUUGUGGAGCUUCAUGAGUUCACAGACCUCAACCUGGUUCAGGCGUUAAGACAGUUCCUAUGGAGCUUUCGGCUGCCAGGAGAAGCCCAGAAGAUCGACCGCAUGAUGGAAACCUUUGCUCAGCGCUACUGCCAUUGCAACCCUGGUGUUUUCCAGUCUACAGACACAUGCUACAUUCUGUCAUUCGCCAUCAUCAUGCUAAACACCAGCCUCCACAAUCCAAAUGUAAAGGACAAGCCGACCGUGGAACGGUUUAUCUCCAUGAACAGAGGCAUAAAUGAUGGAGGUGACUUGCCUGAAGAUCUGCUCAGGAAUUUGUAUGAGAGCAUCAAGAACGAGCCUUUCAAAAUACCAGAGGAUGACGGAAAUGACCUCACACACACUUUCUUCAACCCGGACAGAGAGGGCUGGCUGCUAAAACUGGGAGGGGGACGAGUUAAAACUUGGAAGAGGAGGUGGUUCAUCCUCACAGACAACUGUCUGUACUACUUCGAGUACACCACAGACAAAGAGCCAAGAGGAAUCAUCCCACUGGAGAACCUGAGUAUCAAGGAGGUGGAGGACAAGAAGCCUAACUGCUUUGAGCUUUUCAUACCUGACAGCAAGGACCAGGUGAUAAAGGCAUGCAAGACUGAGGCUGACGGACGGGUCGUGGAGGGCAACCACACCUUCUACCGCAUCUCAGCCCCCACAGCUGAGGAGAAAGAAGAGUGGAUGAAAAGCAUCAAAGCUGCCAUUAGCAGGGACCCCUUUUACGAGAUGCUGGCAGCCAGGAAGAAGAAGGUGUCAUCCAUGAAGAGACAUUAGGGGCACUCGGCUCUCCGGACGUUGCAUUUGACAGAAUAAGGGGCGCGGGGUCUGUUUGCCCUUUCUGGGCCAUUGCAGAGGUCAUGACCGAGGUCUGCCUCUGACCUCCCCAAGGCUUUUCUCUAGGAUACACAACAGGUCUGACUUUUGGACUCUGCAGGCCAGAAAACAAAAAACAGGAAAGCAUGCUGGGUUUUUAGAUAAGAGUCUGGGCUGAGCGCCUCCUCUAACCUCCUGUCUGAAUGUGUUGCUUUCUCUCUCAGCUUUGUAUGUGCUCUCUGUCUAUGAGACCGGAAGGGAGUGUUACUGUGCAACUCAGAGUCCCUUUUGAAGACGCGUUAAAACAACACAGUUCUCAUAUACACUGCAUACAUACGCAACAUCACAACAAGUAUACUUUCAUGGAGUCCUCCCCCGUCGCACACAUUGUUUUAACUCAGCAGGUCUGACCGAGUGUGGCACCCCAACCAGAAUAUUCCUCACUGUGUGGAAGAAAAGCGAAGAUCUUUUCUGACGUGCUUUAAUAUGUUUUGGUAAUACGUGUCUAUUUUUACUGUCAAGUCCUCUCGAGCCUUUUGUUGUUUGCUUUUGUAGAAUAAAAUGUUGUUGAGAUAGAAGCUGUAAAGGGGCUGCUAUGAGAGGGAGGGAGGGUUAUAAUUUGCCAACUGUUAGUGAUUUUUUUCUUUUUUUUAAUAGAAAAAAGAAAACAAACUUUUUAAAAAAAAAGGAGAAAAAAAAGUUGCCACUCAGGAGAUUGCUACCAUGUUCAGAGACUUUACAGGGCGGGUUGACUUGGAUCAUGUAAACAACUCAAGAGAUGCAUUCAAAGGAACGAAAGGCACGACGGAGGCCCGGGCUGAGCUGUGUUUGUAUGUGAAACUGCAGAGAAGGCGUCUGCUUGUCUGGGAGGGGAUGCAUCCCGGGGAUUAUGGGCCUGUCUAUCGCUUUGGGCUUUCGAGGUCUGA